CUUUUUAUCCUUUUUGAAAGCAAAAUAGCUGUCUGCCAAAUUCCUCGUAAAUUCCGGCAAAGUCUUCAAAUCUCCGGUGAAGAAAUCAGAUCCGAUUUUGGUUUCGAUUCAAAGACUGAGUCAAUAAAGCUCAGUUAUAUGUUACCUAUGAAGUCCAAAAGUUAUGCAGAUACGCCACCUGUGUGUGUAACGAAUGGCCGUCAAUUCGAGGCAUAUCUCCGGCAGUGUUCAAAAGAAUCAGUGAGGCUAUGUGUCAAAAUAAUUGGUGGUGGUAACUGUCGAGAAAAGAAAGACAGGAAAAGAAAGGGCAAAUGUGAGGAGAGUAGAGAAGUGAAUGUGGAAACAGUUCUUGAAGACGAGGAUUACUACAACCGGAAGAGGGAUGGAAAAAAACCUGUAGGAGAUUUGUUCAAUCGAAAGUUUGCUUCAACACAACAUUCUGUGGAUGAAGCAGACGAGGUUGAAUCAAUCAUUUCUGAAGCAAUUCGCGAAGAUUUGGAGGAUGAUGAUGAAUUUCCCAGAUUUGAUUAUUGUGAUGAUGAAGACGGAGCGAGCUCAGGAGAUGAAUACUAUGGAUUAAAUUCACGAGACGAGGAAGAGGAGGAAGAUGUAGCUGAUAGAGAUGAAGUGAAGAGUAAGGCAAAAAUUGAGGAAUCUCAGAGGAAUUGCAAAAGAAAUAAAAAAUUCUCUUUAUCAUCAGGUAACUCUUCGAAUGCGAAGUCUUAUCUGAAAUUGGAAAUGUGUGGUGUGGAUCUAGCUACUGGCCAACGGUAUGAGUCCAAGGAUGCACUAGAGGAAAGAUUGAAGAUUCUUAGUGUAAUCCAAAAGUUCGACUUCGAUGUUGAUAGAUCGAAGCCAGACUUGUAUACUGUUAAUUGUUGGGUACCCGGCUGCAGGUGGAGAGUACGAGGUUCACCCAUAGGAGAUUCAUCUGUUUUUAAUAUUCGCAUAUACAAUCGUACCCAUACAUGUUCAGUCAUAGAACGGUCGGCAAGUGGUCGGCAAGCUACUCCUGCAAUACUAGGACAGCUUUACAAGGAAUUUGUUGGUGGUGUUGGUGAAUCCGUAUUGCCAUGUCAUGUGGCAGAGUCUCUAAAUAAAGUCUUAACUGGUGCCAGAAAGUACCCAAUCGUGAUGCUACUUGAUGAAGUGAGGUUGAUGCUGACACGUUGGUAUGCUAAAAGGCGGAAAGAAGCGAUGUUGAUGACAACAACCCUAACAAAAGCAGAGCAUGCUAAAGUUUCUAGGAUUGCACUCAACGACAAAAACUACUUGAUAGAUUUUCUUCGAACGGUUAUGCAAUAUCCAUAAUGCCAAAGGAUGGUUCAUCACCUAUCCCACAGAGAAUCGGUUCGACAGUAUGUAAGCCUCCAUUCGUUAGGAUCCCACCUGGAAGGCCAAAGAUUACAAGAAUAAAAGGGCAAAUGGAGA